AUGACAACCUCCAAAUCAUGGGGUCGUUCGCAAUUACAUCACGACCAUAUGGAUCCAAUCAAACCAAAUUUAAUCUUUUCAUCUAAUAUCCCACACAAGAUCCAUAAUCUAAUACAUAAUUUAAAACAUCAUAAUUUUGAAGAUAAACCUUGGAGUAUAACUAUAAAUAUUCAAUUAAAUAAUUUGGUUUCUAGACAUGGAUCAAUCAAAUUGACAGAUUUGGAGGAUUUAAUAAAUAUUCAUGCCAAUAAACAUUAUAUCUUACGAAUUUUAAAGAAUGAACAAUGGGAAUAUACACCAUAUGAAGAAAUAUUUAUCGUUAUGGUGAAAUUAAUAGUAUUAAAAUUUAAUGAAAAAACUACCAUUGAAUUCCAACAAGAUGAGAAUUACUUGAUUUUGAAACAAUGUGGAUUUUUAGAAGAAAUUGAAGAAUACAUGAAAAAAAUAUAUCAUAAUUACCAUGAAGAAGAAUCAUCAAGUAUGGCUGAUAAACUGAUGAAUAAUGAUUAUGAUGUUAGUGAUUCUACAUUAGAAUAUAGUGAGACAGAAGAGAAUGGGGAAUUUGAAGGUAAACAUCUUGAACCUUUGAAAUCAAAUGAUACUUUAAUUGAUGAAUUUAGAAGGAGGUUUAGUGAUAUUAGUGAUGAAGAAAAGUCAUUUAACCGAAACCUGGACUUUAUUAAUAAUAUUAGUAAUUUAAGACAUAAUGAUGAAGAAGAUAAUGAACUACUGAAAAAAUUGAAUGUUGAUGAUGAUGAUACUAUUGAAGUUACUUUAAAAGAUCAGCACACUCCACAACUAGUGCAUGAAGUUUAUAAUCCUUUCCGUUUGGAUGAUUUGGUAGAAGUUGAUUGUGAAAAUGAAGAGGAUUUUGAUUUAAAGGAUUCUGUUGAUCCAUUCUUUCCACUGCCAACUUCUCCAGUUAAAAAAGAAUUUACUGAAGAUGACGAAAUUAUCAAAAUAUCAAGACAGCUGUCGUUUCAAUCUCCAACGAAAUCGAAAAGAUCACAAAGUUUAUCAAGAAUGUCAUCAUUAUCAAUGAUAGAUGAUGAUAGAUUUGGAUUAGAUUACGCAUUUAAUUCCAAUGGUAAUAAUGUUCCAUCUUUUAUUAAAGAUAAUAAGAAAUUUAAAUUUAUCAAAGUUGGUAAAGUUCAAAAAUUUGUCAAUCUUUUUGAAGAACAACAAAAAGAGUUACAAGAUGUUAAUAUAACUUCAGCUACUAGUAGUAGAAGAGCAAGUAGGACAAGUUCCAGAGCAGGUAGUCCUGGAAAAUUUUAG